AUAAUCAAAUGGACAGUAGAUGUAGCGGCAGCAGCAUUUAAAACUAUUUUUGUCGUAAUCGAAGACGUUAAAAAAACUAAAAUGGCCACGCCCACACUAAAUAUAAGCCCACUAACACCGGCGCUACAGCAUAAGGCGAUUGCCGAAUUGAAUGAAGUGCCCGAGCGUCUGGCCGUGGACAUCGCUGCGUUCAGAGAAUGGUUGCUAAGGCAACCACAUUUGAAGUGCCGCACGAGCGAUCAAUUUCUUGUAAGUUUCCUGCGUGACUGCAAAUUUAGUCUGGAGAAGGCGAAACAAAAAUUGGACCUAUACUAUACUUUGCGUACGGCGAUGCCUGAUUUGAAUCAGCACAGCUUCGUGAAUGAUCAACGGCUGCGCGUCAUUAUACGUUUGGGCGUUACGCUUUACUUGCCGCUACCGCUAAUGGAGGAUGGCCCAUGCUUAGUGUUAAUGCGCCCUGGCAAAUACGACCCCAACAAAUUCAAUAUGACUGAAAUAUUGCGUGCAAGAUUCAUAUUGCAAGAUAUCUUUUUGAUAAGCAGUGAUAAUUUGAUUGUUGGUGGUUUUAUGCAAAUCGGCGACUUUGAGGACUUCAGCAUGGCGCACUUCUUUCAAAUUAGUCCAUCGCUUAUGAAACGAUUUAGCUUGUAUGUCGAAGAGGGCAUGCCGGUGAGCAUUAAAGGUUCACAUUUCUUCAAUACUGGCGCGGUAUUUGAGAAAAUGUUUGCCGCUAUUAAAUUGGUGAUGCCAGCGAAAAUGGUCGAAAGGCUCCAAGUGCACACCACGUUUGAAUCGCUUUGCGAAGCCGUACCCAUAAAAUAUCUGCCAAAGGAAUAUGGUGGUGAGAAUAGUAGCAUCGAGGAGAUUGUUGCUAGAACUGAGCAGUUAAUUUUGGAAUAUCGUGAAUAUGUAUUGGAAGAGAAGUAUUAUGGUGUUGAUGAGAAGCUGCGAGUGGGCGGCGGUGCAUCUAAUACCGCAGCAUUAUUGCGUUUGGAAGGUACAUUUCGAAAGCUGGAUGUGGACUGAACAAAUAGAAAAUAAGAAAUUCGAGUUAAGAAUAUGAUAUUUGUUUGUGCUAAGAAAUUACUUAAUUAAUUUAAUACUGUAAAAACUAAUAAAUGCAAUAAAUAAAUAUCAAAGUUAA